GACAGACGGACCUGACCUGACGGACGACGGGCCACACGUCAAACAUGGCGGAGCUGAUCGCGAUCCCGUUGAAGAAGCCCUCGGACGUGGACGUGGUGAAGCCGCUCACCAAUGUCAUCCGCUCGACGUACAGCGGCACGGGCAAGGAUUACGCGGACGCCAUCGCCGAGUUCAGCAAGCUGCGGAACAACGCUCUGUGGCGCGCCUUCGAGAAGUACGAGAGCUCCUUGCAGGUUAUCUACAGCUAUUAUGAUCAAUUAUGCGCUCUGGAAGGAAAAAUCCCCGCUCACGAGUUGCAAAUACCAUUCAAGUGGAAAGACGCCUUCGACCGUACAAUUUUUGGGGGAAAACUUAGCUUGACAAUCAGCACAUUGGCGUAUGAGAAAGUAUGCGUGCUCUUCAAUAUCGCCGCUUUACAAAGUUCGGUGGCGGCAACACAAUCCUUAGACAGCGACGAAGGAUUAAAGCUGUCAGCUAAGUUAUUUCAGCAAUCAGCUGGAAUAUUUAAUCAUCUGAAAGGAAACGUUAUGAUGGCGAUUCAGCAAGAACCGACACCUGAUAUUAGCCCGGAAACACUCGGAGCGUUGAGCGCGUUAAUGCUCGCACAAGCGCAAGAGAUAUUUGUGCAUAAGGCGAUUCACGAUUCUAUGAAGGAUGGUAUUGUUGCUAGACUAGCAGCGCAAGCGGAAGAACUAUAUGCGGAUGCCCUGAAACUAUUCCAGAAAGAAAUUUUUCGCGCGUUUUGGGACAAAGAAUGGGUACCACUGGUCGCAGGUAAACAAGCUGGUUAUCGCGCCAUGGCUGAAUUUCAUCAAUCGCUUGUAUGCAAGAAUAACAAAUUGAUUGGCGAGGAAAUUGCUAGGCUGGAGCACGCCGUAGAGCUCUUCAAAGCCGCUCAGCAACGAUCGAAUAAACCAAAUUUGUUCCAAGAUUACGCCAACAGGGCGCAGAGAAAUCUAACGGAGGUGAAAAAGGAUAACGAUUUUAUAUAUCACGAAAGAAUUCCAGAUAUCAAGAACGUGGAAGCUAUAGGAAAAGCUAACGUUGCUAAACUACUCCCGCUACCUGAAGUAUUCAGUGCCGAUUUCAAAGACUUGUUUGCCGAUCUGUUGCCUCUUAAUGUGCGCCACGCAAUGUCGGCCUAUGAGAAUCGUCGUAAUGAGCUUGUAAAUUACGAAAUUUCGAAUCUUCGUGAAAUGACGCAACUUUUAAAUAGUGUUUUGGCAAGUUUGAACUUACCAGCGGCUAUAGAAGAUACGAGUGGAACGGAAAUACCUCAAUCGCUUUUGGACAAAGCGCUUUACGUACGAGAAUCUGGUGGAAUAAAAGCUCUGGAAGAAUCUAUGAGAGAACUGCCGGAUUUAUUGCAGCGUAAUAAAGAGCUUUUAGACGAGUCUGAAAGAAUGCUGCAAGAAGAGCGUGAAUCUGACAACCAGUUAAGAGAGCAAUUCAAAGAACGUUGGAAGCGGACACCCAGUGCCCGGUUGACAGAACAAUUUACUAGCAAUUUACACAAAUAUCGUGAAAUUAUAAAUAACGCAGUCACCGCUGAUAAGGUAGUUCGUGAAAAAUUUGAAAGCCAUAAAGAAGGGAUCCAAAUCCUGAGUUUGGACGAGGACGAGCUUGCCAGGGCUAUUCCGCAAGGUUCUGCUCUUCAAGAAAGUAAUGCUGUCAUUAAGCUCAGGAAAUUAAUGGAUGAUGUAGCCACAUUAAAAACUGUACGAGACUCUAUCGAAAAUGAAUUUAAAUUUGCUGCCAAUGACAUGAAGAUGACGUUCCUUUCGGCACUGGCCAAGGACGGCGCGAUCGACGAACCAAAUAUAUCUGUCGAGAGUCUGGGAAAGUGUUACGGACCUUUGCAGAAGCAAGUGCGAGAAAGUAUAGCGCAGCAGGAGAAAUUGGUUGCUGAAAUUCAGAGUUGCCAUGCAGAAUUUACAAACGAACAAGUUGGUAGCGGCAGCGCGCGAGAAGCGAUACUCUGUAAACUGGCUGCCGCUUACGAUGCAUUUAAAGAGCUGAAGAAUAACCUAGUAGAAGGGGCUAAAUUUUAUAACGAUUUAACGCAGCUACUCGUCGUUUUCCAAAACAAGAUAUCCGACUUCUGUUUCGCCCGAAAAACCGAGAAGGAGGAACUCUUGAAAGAUUUAACCACGAACCUGAGCCAGACCGGUCCCGUUGCAACACCGAACAUUCCAUCUCAUCACGGCAGUGGUCCGCCUGGCAUAAAUCCAAUGGCGGAAGCCGCCGCAUCAUCGCCGCAGCUGCCUUAUCCGAUCCAGCAUCAAGGUGGGAUGCCUGUACCUUACGGUGCCACGCCGGCAACGCCGUAUCCAGCAUACGUUCCUCCGCCAAUGCCGACGACGUACAAUCCAUAUGCUACGAUGCCGUAUCCUAUGCAACAAGGAGGAUACAAUCCGUACCAGGGUAUGCCUCAAGCUCCGUACGGAGGUUUCGCCACGUUACCACGUUACGGUGGCACUCAACCACCGCAGGGUCCACCAAAUCCAUGGUGAACCAUACAGGCAAGCAGUAUUAGCUGCAAUUUGAAGUAUAUUCGUAUAUCACGCAUAUUUUAUAUAUAAAUUCUAGAGAAGUCUGCUAUUAACCAACAUUGGCCGACAAUGUUGCGUAUAAUCCAAGGGAAUUUGCGUUUACUAAUUGUUACACGUUUCACCGUGUCGAGUCCUUUAUCUAGUACAGAUCGAGAUCGUUGAUAUUUGUUAAGCUUUAAGCGCCGCUUCAUCAAUUUUGUGUAGAGGGCUUAUUAUCGAUUUAUAAAUAUAUUUUGUAAAAUAA